CGGGGCUGUGGGGGAAGAGAGAAAGAGCGCGCUCUUGAGCACGUACAGAGUGCCGCUCCCACAGAGGCGCCGGCGCGCGGAGUUUCCGGAUCCCCCGGCGUCCAGGGAUGAAAGUGACUCUGAGCGCGUGCAGAGUUCCUGUCAUUAGAACAAGCACAGGGAAGCGGCUCGCCCUAUUUGCUAGAUGCUGCGGCUGCGUCAGUUUGCUCGCCUGAGGCUACCGGACUGGCCACCGCCCUCGGCAUCGCAGGGCCAGGAAGAGGGGAGCCCGCAGGGAGUUCCUAGGAAAGGGGGAUCUCUGCCCGAGGUUGGCACUGCUGGGGAUGGGGGACUGCCCCUUAGCUGCUUCUGGGUCGGGAGUCCCGCUGGGGUGAACGAGGGAGAAUCUGGGUCUCACCCCGCCUCCAAACCCCUUUUCUCCUUGUUGCAGAGGAACCGUGGGACGAUGGUGCAGCUGGUCGUGUCCCGGGAUGGGGUUGGAGGUCUGGCAGAGUGGGUGCUGAUGGAGCUCCAAGGCGAGCUGGAAUCGCGAUCUGGGGCUGGCCUGGCAGGGAGGCUCCUGGGGGACCUACAUUACACUAAAGAGGGAGUCCCUGUACUCAUCGUGGGGCACCACAUCCUGUAUGGUAAAGUUGUGCGUCUAGAGAAGCCCUUUGCCGUCCUGACCAAGCAAGCCGUGCCUGGGGGCGAGUCGACCUUGGGACCAGGCCACUACUCAGUCACCGCUCUCAUAAAGAAGAAGCUGCUCUUCAAAACCCGCCCCAAGCCCAUCAUCACCAAUGUGGCCAAGAAAGCAUAAGGAUGCUGCAGCCCACCUCCAAGCACACUGGUGCCUCGUUCUCAUGGAGGAAGAUCUGCCUACUUCCUUGCAGUGUCGGGGCUGUGCUGAAAGGGACAAAUCCUGUCCACUUAGCCAGCUUGUUGGAACUCAGUGCUUUUCGUUCCAGUUUAUGCAGUCUGUUGUGUGAACCCAGCCCUUGGGAGAAGUGCCUUAUCUCAGAGGCCAGUCUUUGUGGGAUUAAAGCCAGUGUCUGGGAGAAUCCAGCACCCAUGUCCAGUGUGUUCAAAUAGCCAGUGCUUUCCCCAAGAGCAGCUCAGCUGUGAUAUUCAACCCGGUGUCUUUGCUAAGGUGCUGAGCCCCUUGCCCCAAAAUCCAGAGACGACUGAACAAAUAAAAGUUAUUGGGGCACCUGAGUAAUAUUAGCCUGAUCUUCAUAGCAGGGAUGGAGGACUUUGCUCUGGGUUUCAGCUUAGAUCCUUUCCCAAGGGCUGGUGACCUCUGCCAACCUGAUGUCCUCUGGUCUAACACUCCCACAAGUUCCAGUCAGCACUGAUGACUCUCUACAGUUAUCUCCUGCAGAAACUCAAGCCUCAUUGUGGGCCCUGCUGGUCACUUACCGUAGUUCUUCCUGGGUUCUUGAUUCCAUUGUGCUUUUUGCCACUUGGUUUUGGCGGCGGCGGGGGGGGGGGACUCAGCUGUUGCUAAAGUGCCUUUUGAGAAAUGGGCAUCUCUUUUUCAGACACUAGGAGAUGAUUAGGUUCUGAUCUGACUUUAUUUUCUGUCUCUAGGACAUUUUGGGGGAGGGGGUGACUAUGUUGGCAAAUAGGAAAUCAGAAUGGCUGAAAGGGAAAUCAGGCUGAAAUUUCCUGCAGAUUUCAGCUAGCUUAGACCUGGUUCUUUGCCCCUGCCAGUGUCUUCCUCCCCACCACUCAAAUUGUGUGCACUUUGGUGAAGGGAGGGGAUGCGCAGAAGAAGUCCCAAAUAUACCCUAGACCAUCUAGUUUACAAGCUAUUUUUAUUGUAACAAAUGCAUCAUAGUAAAAAAAACCCAAACAACCUUUAUAAAAAAUAUGAAAAUGCAGGUAAAAAAUAAAUAAGUUUACAAAUAACUUUAAGCAAUCAACUAGUGUUUGUUACCAAAGAGUACAAAAAUUCUACAAAUUUCAUUUUAAAUAAGAGAAACCCAAACGGAGUAACGUAGAAAAAGGGAUGCAGCCCAGAGCAGGGAAUGUUUUUUUGGGGGGGGGGGACAAAGCCUGGCACCCUACCCACCCAUCCCUCCACUCUCAUGCCUGGGACCAGCGCAGGCCAUAGAGAACAGCACGGGCAGAAAGCAGCAUUUCCAGACAUUCGCAAUUAGGAAGGAUGCACAGUUGGAAAGAGGAACCUGAGGAAGCUCUCCAUCUUUUGCCACAGUGUUUGAUUUGGCAGCUCUUUGCAGGGAGGCAUCUGUCUUAGGCAGGUUACAGAGCAAGCUUUUCCACAUGGCUCCCCCCAACAGGGCAGCCUUUUAAAAGGCAGGCUCUAGUGUGGGCUGCAAGCUCUCCUAGCCUGCAAAGCAGCCAUUCUUUAUUGCCAGGGAGUACCAUAUGCUCCCCCAGCCACCAAAAGAAUUGCUUAGAACCAUUCCUUUUCAAGCUGGUUGGGGCCCCUGGGAAACAGCUAGGCAAUCAGCCCUUAGGGUGUGAGGUUAUGCUGAGGGGGCGGGGACCAGCCCUUUCAGGUGGCAGUAGUGGGAGGAGACAUCUGUCCAAGAUUAGUUUAUGCAGUCAGUCCCCAGCAUAGAAAAGUUCUUCACUAGUCUGUGCCUAGAUAAAGGGAGCUUGCAGCCCAAAAGCCAUUAUUGCUUUCUUAGAUGGCAGUGCAGACUCCAUCUGCCUUCCAGAGGUGGCAGGACAGAAUUGGCACUGAUGCCACUUUAGUCUACCUCCCAGCCACAUGGACCCAUGGGAGUAGCAACUGCCCUAUGUCCACUGCUUCCCUGUCUAAUAUUAGGGGCUUGUUUUUCUUGUUCUUGUCAAUUCGCAUGGAGCUACAGGCAGGAGAGGCAGGAAUUUCCAGGUACAAUCUCAGAUUCAGAACCUUUUGUGGGAUGGGCAGAAAGAGCGGCAGUGCCCAUCUGGAGGGAGAACUUGGAAUUGGGCAGUGGAACCUCUAGCAGCAGCAGCAGCAGCAGCAGCAGCAGCAGCAGCAGGACAAAGUCAGACUCAGCUAACUGGCCUGAGGCAGAAAGGAGUAGAGGAAGAUGGGCACUGGGAAGGCUCCUGAACAGCACCAAGGCCAAAAGAUAGAUCAGGUGCCCUCUGUUCCUAGGAGGUGGCAUGGUCAUAGCACAGAAUAUUAUUUUGGUACAGAAGUCUCUUGUGGAAUCCUGAGAAGUUGCUUGGUUUUGUAAAAAUAAGGUGUCUAGCCUCAUUGUUGAUGGGCAAGUUUUGUAUUUGGAAAAACAAAAGUCCAAUACACUAAAAUACUGUGUGUCCACCUCCCUCAUACCCCCUAAAAGCAUAUUUGGAGCAAAAGCAUCCAAGUUACUUUUGAUCCCAGGGAUUAUUCAGCUCCCUUACAUAGCAAGGAAAACAAAAGUUGUCGGAGCCUAUCCAGUGUGUGUAUGUGUGGUGCACACACACACAUAUACACACAACACCCUCCUUAGUUUGGGGGUGAAAGGUAAUAAUAAAUAUACAUCUGCUCUAAUCAGAAAGUUUCUUCACUCUGUUCCUUGUCCACCAAUUGGAUUCACAGUGCCUGUGAAAACUGGGAAGUUGUGUGGCCAAGGUCAGCCAGUCUCCAGCAUACAGGGCCUUCUAGUGCUUCUCUUGAGAAGCAAUAAAGAGUCAACUUUGGAGUACUGCUGCUCUAAGCAAAUUCAGCAGCAACCUGUCAAUUUUUUGCAAGCUAACAAAUUUUUGUAAAUCAAGGUCCACACAAAUAUGUCUAAACAUAAAUGCGCCUGCCUUAUUUGGCAUCUGUUUUAUAACUCUGUUGAAUUUAGAACCCCCUUUUUUCAAGAAGCAGAGUGGAGGCCAAAGGAACAAUACAAACAAGCUACUAAAGAAGCAUUCAAAUAUUGCUUAUACAUUUUCAGAACUUUUUGUAAAAAUACGAAUUUUAGAAACUUGGUUUGUUUUCUUUUAGCCAUAAAAAGGAGGGAAUCAGAGAUUUUUCAGACCUCCACAUUCUGCACGAAUUGAAUUGCAGAAAAUCUGUGCCUUUGCCUAUGCUGAAAGCAUGUAGAUGACAGUGGAUUUACUACAGCAAGUGCCUAAACACUUUGUUCCCAUGCUGACCUACUAGCUUAGGAACAGGCAAGGAACAACUAGUGAGCACUUCCAUCUCAGCAAUGUGAGUUUGGCAUAAAAGCUGCCCAGAGCUUGUUGCCAGCUGAAGCUGGGACCCCCCCCUUCCCUUUCAACACAGGCAGCUUCUUGCCAGAGAGACUGGAAGGAGUUGUAAUGGCUGGGCAGAGGUGCAGAUUGUGAAUCAAGAAAUGGCUUUUAGACUGGGUGGCAGUGGCCUCCCAAAAGCAGCACCACUGUCCUCGGUUUCUCCCCCUUCUCUGAGCUGGAAGUGUAACAUGGCCAUGUUGGCAGAGCACCAGGGGGAGAAGAAGUCUGUAGGAGAAGCACCAGAAAGUUAGGAGGCCCAGGCUAAGCAGAGGCCAAGAGAGAGAGGCUGGUCCAAAGGAAGAUCUCCAGACAGGCAGCUCUGUUCACAGCAUUAAAGUAUUUUAACACCCCCUACCCAAGCAUAACAAAAUAUGGUCUAGAACACUGGUCUUCAACUGGUGGGUCAUGGCCCGCUUUAAGUUUAGUUGGGCACUACCACCAUACAAAUAUUGUGGAAGAUUAAGCAAUAGAUCUCUAGAUGCAUGCUUUGGUUAAAUGUGGGUCCUGGGACUGAAAAGGUCCCAAAAAGGUUGAAGAUACCUGGUCUACAGCAGCCUUCCCCAAGCAGAUGUUAUUGGACUCCCAGCUCAUACCAGCUCCAGCCAGCAAUGUCAGGGAUGACAGGAGUUGGAGUUCAAUAAGUCAGGGAACUGGGAGUCCCUACAGGAUCUGUAGGACCACUUGCAUGAUCCGUAGUCCUGGACUAAAGAGGGAGGUAGCAAUAGGUGGUCCACCCCCCAAAACUCCAGAAGGAGCUGAAGACAUUUGACCAAUCCAGUUUGCAACCUGUUUUAUCGAAUUCACAGUAGCUGUGGUUCAUGCUGUAUUGGGCCAAUAUGGGAGCUUUCAAGUAUCUUGUGUUUGUUUAGAAAUGGGCAGCCUAGUCAUUUGAUGUAUUCUUUGGGCAACAGCAUGUUCCCGCUAUGGCCCAAAGGUGGUUUUUUCUACUGCCAGCCUUUCCUUCUCAGUAAAUUUCCCUCCAGUCCUGCAGAUGCAGUGAUUACAGGCAGAAGGGAGCCUCUCUUGGAAGGAGCACAUGUUCUGCCCUGUCACCCCACCUCCUGUGGGGCCUCUGCCUAGAAAGCAACCCCUUGAAGUCAGUGGCUCAAGCCCCACUUGCUUCUCCUAUGAACAGAGAAUAACCCUUACAAACUCCUUAAAGCUCUUCCUAGGGAAGAUCAAAAACCUACUGAUGGUCUCUUCGCUGGGCACAGAAGGGCCCCUUCUUUAAUAGAUCUCCACGAGGAGGUUAUUAUUGCUCCCUGUAAAAACUGCACCCCCAUCAGCUACAAUGAUUCUUGUACCCUGAACCGGCUACAGAGAUCGUCCCUGCCACAUUGGUGCUAUUCUGGGGAGAGGCAGUGUCAUUUGCAUAGAACAACAGGGACACCUGGUGGUGGAAACUUUUCCCAGGAGCUGUUGAGCUUUCUGCAGGGGCAGGAUCCGUUCUGCGAGGCUCUGGCUUCCAUCCCCAGUGAUGCACUCCUGAAUCUGCCAAUUUGCUUCUGGGAGGGACAUUUCAAAACUGGAUCAGGUCCGGAGCAGGGUGGGGGUCCAGCCCUCCUUAAGCCCUACAACCAAGUGGGAAAACACUGCCAGUCCUUUGCUAUUAUUGCACUCCCCGCCCCCCCUCCAUCCUCAUCACACCUCCGCAAACGCCAAGCUGUACUCCUCCUGGGGCUUGCUGCAGCGCCGGGCCACGAUUGCCAGGUAAAGGGUGAGCAGUGCCACCCAGUAGCAGGCAUAGAGGAUGGCUCCCGAGAUGAGGAAGACCAGCUCCGUGUCCGUGAAGAGGUCCUGGUGGUAGGCAGUGUAGGC